AUGUGGCGCAUACACCACUCUGAUAGUGAAGAACAGCGCACACACCACUCUGAUAGUGAAGAACAGCGCACACACCACUCUGAUAGUGAAGAACAGCGCACACACCACUCUGAUAGUGAAGAACAGCGCACACACCACUCUGAUAGUGAAGAACAGCGCACACACCACUCUGAUAGUGAAGAACAGCGCACACACCACUCUGAUAGUGAAGAACAGCGCAUACACCACUCUGAUAGUGAAGAACAGCGCACACACCACUCUGAUAGUGAAGAACAGCGCACACACCACUCUGAUAGUGAAGAACAGCGCAUACACCACUCUGAUAGUGAAGAUAAGCGCAUACACCACUCUGAUAGUGAAGAACAGCGCACACACCACUCUGAUAGUGAAGAACAGCGCACACACCACUCUGAUAGUGAAGAACAGCGCACACACCACUCUGAUAGUGAAGAACAGCGCACACACCACUCUGAUAGUGAAGAACAGCGCACCUAA